UGACGACACCACUGCCAACGUUUACAGUGCUGUCUGUGCCGUGGUUCUUCUUCACAUCCUCCUAGCUCUCUUUAUCUUCAAAGUCUUCAAGGACUCACCUGUUAAAGGCAGCAAACAGGAUUAAUUUUGGGGGGCGGUACUUUACUUUAUACAGAAUUUCUAGGCUAGUUUAGUAAUUUGACAGAUUUUUUUUUUUUUUUUUUUUUUUUUUUUCCAAAUUUAGUGUUUUAUUAUAUUUUGUGAUUUGAGGUAAAUUUGGGGUAUAGAAAUGGACAAGAAAGUGACCAGCGAAGUCUCAUCUGUGACAUCGGCAGUACUAGAGGAUGAGCAGAGAAAUUUGACAGUUGAAGAUAUUCUAGAAUUAGGUGAUGCAUGCUUGGGUCUGAGAAUCUUAUUGGUCUCAAGAGAAGGCUCGUACAUGGGGGUCAUCAACCUUGUUCUUCCUUCGAGCAGGCGAUUAUCACUUGAGAAGGUCUGCAAUCCAAAAACAGGAAAGAAAAGAGUUGGAUUAUUGACCUUUUUCUUCCAAAACAUCUUGAAAAUAACGGUCAUUGGUGAAGACAGAGAGGCGAAGGAAAGACUUCUGAAGGAUGUUUAUCAAGAAGACCAGAGAGGAAAGCAGCUCCUAAUGAAGAAGAUCGUGCCUCCCCAUCUGAUUGGAUAUGACACAAAUCAUUUAGAUGAAGAUGUCCUUUUAGGCCGAGUGGAAAACAACCCUGUAACUGAUGGAAGGGACUCAGCUGACAAAGGGAAGCUGCCUCCGCCACCGCCAGCGAGAAUACCACGACCAGCUAAAUGGCUCAUUAUUGAUAACUUGGAUGAUGCUUACGUGAAAGCAUUGGAGUUUAUCAAGAAUGAGAACACCAUCUCAAUAGGCUUGGAAGGUCAGAACCUAGGACGCGGAGGGACCCUAGCCUGGUUUAGUGUGGCAACUUCCAGCAUUAUAUUCCUGUUUGAUAUGGCCAAGAUUGGAGCAGGUGAAGCUUUUCAAAGGGGGCUAGGAGGAGUCUUGAGGGAUAAGACAGUCCUGAAAGUCGUGCAUGAUUGCAGGGUUAUGGAGGAUAUGUUGCAUCACCAGUUUGACGUUAAUUUGAGUAACGUCUUUGAUACACAGGCAGCUGAAGUGUAUGUUUAUAUGCUCCAACACAGGGGAGCUGUGCCGUCCUUUGUUUCAGGACUGCCAACUCUUCUCAUCAGAUAUCUCAAGCUGUUGCCAAGUCAUGUCUUUUUCUCACAUGUUCGGCAAGAAUGUUCAGAGAAUGAUGAAUUGGUGUGGUUUGAGCGACCACUGCCAUCGCACCUAGCUGAGGGCCUGGCUCGCAACGUGAUGUAUCUCAGAGAGCUCCGUCUGGAAUUGCUGGACCUUAUUCUCGUGGACCUUAAUCAAGUGACAAAUCUGUACCUUGGCUCACUGCGUGAUAAGGACUCUGUCACAAUUAGUAGUUUGGAGCUGCAUGUUGUCCCUGCAGAAGUCCAGAGGCUCGGGAAGCGCACAGUAAGCAACAGUGUGAUUGAUCAUGAUCCCUAUGUACACUGUUCACGAGAUGCAUUUAAAGUCGUGCCUCAGAAAAGGUAUUGAUUUCUGAGCAUGUCGAUGUUUAUUAUGUCAAAGAGCCGAAGAUUAUUUACUUUUUCAUUGAUAAAGUGAACUCGUAUACUCUGUCAAAAAUACAUGUUUGUUUCUUUUGAGAUGGAUGUGAUCCACAUUCAAGUGUGCCGAGUGCCUCUUAUGUUGCUUUUGUUCUAAUUACCUUUACAAGGAGGAAAGUUAUUUGGAGAAAAUUAAAAUGUGCUUUUAGCUGUUGAUUAUUAUGAUUUCAGUUAUUCAUUGAGUCCUUCAAGCACAGUGCCAAAGAUAUAAUUCCUAUCAAUUUGCACAAUAUAUAGAAAGAAUAAGUAGAUUUUUUUUAUAGAUGUUAGUUAUUGUGUGGUUUUUCAAUUAUUGUUUGCACUGCUGUCAUAAAAUUGAAAAAGGUUUCUUACAUUCCAUGUUAUAUUGAUGAAGCUCUUCAGUUUAUUUAUGCGUUAUUGGAAUCAUAUAAAUACUCUGAUUUUUUGUUUAUUGCAAGUUGCUAGUCAAUUGCCUGUUUUGUAUGCAUUAUCCAUUCUUCAGUUGUCUUGAGAUAAAGACUUGAAAAACUACAUCUACCACACUGGUUCGUAGUUAAUAGACUUUGUACUAUAUUAGAAUAAAAGGGUUUAUGGA